AUGGCCAUCUACAUUGCUAUUUUUAUCUCUGAGGUAAGAGAUAAGCUUGAAGUGUUACUAUUAAAUUUGCUUGUAGUAUUAGCCCAACCAGGUAGUAAUCGCCUUACCGAAUCUCUUAGCAAGUUUUAACACUUGCACCUUGAGGAUGAGCAUUAUUUAUCCUUGACGAGUGAGUAUGAUUAGCAGCAACGCAAUGAGUGGUAGAUGUUUUUCACUGCUGAUAUACUCCAGCAGUUAGUCUUGUGUGAACAGCUCACAUUUAUCAAGCAAGUCUUACUGCAAGAGUAUGCUGUUCUUUUUACUUGCUUAGAUCUCCUUAAGCUUUACUAAUACUUGAUUAUCAGUCAGUGCAACCAGAUACACAGAGUUACCUGA